UUUCUUCAUCCCUUCCUUACUUUUAAACAACAAAGCAGCAGCCCUCGAGUGUGGACUCAAGGGAAAGGAAAGGAAGUCAAGAACACGAGGACACACUUUCUUCAUCUUUGACAAGUUUUCCGAAAAAUGGAGAACUUGAGAUCUCCCUUCAGGGGUAUUGGAAAUGACGUCAGAGGAAGAUUAAAGUGUUACAAACAAGAUUGGACAAGCGGUCUUCGUUCUGGAAUUGGGAUAUUGGCCCCAACCACCUACAUCUUCUUUGCUUCUGCUCUUCCUGUCAUUACCUUUGGUGAGCAACUAAGCAGAGAUACAGAUGGUAGCUUGAGCACCGUUGAAACUUUAGCUUCUACUGCUAUUUGUGGUAUCAUACAUGCGAUUCUUGGAGGACAACCUCUUUUAAUAUUGGGAGUUGCAGAACCAACUGUUAUUAUGUACACAUAUUUGUACAACUUUGCUAAAGGAAGGGAAGAUUUGGGACGCGGACUCUUCUUGGCUUGGGCUGGAUGGGUUUGUGUUUGGACAGCUCUCUUGCUGUUUAUUCUUGCAAUAUUCAAUGCUUGCACAGUCAUCAAUAAAUUUACGAGGAUUGCAGGUGAACUGUUUGGCAUGCUGAUUGCUGUUCUCUUUAUACAAGAGGCUAUCAAGGGAAUGGCAAGUGAGUUUGAAGUUCCCAAAGCUGAGGACCCGAAGUCAGUGAAGUAUCAAUUUCAGUGGCUUUACACAAAUGGAUUACUGGGAAUCAUAUUUACUUUUGGCCUUCUCUACACUGCUUUAAAGAGCAGAAAAGCGAGGUCAUGGUGGUAUGGCACAGGGUGGUUUAGAAGCUUCAUUGCAGACUAUGGGGUUCCUUUGAUGGUUCUAGUGUGGACAGCUCUGUCAUUCAGUGUACCUGGAAAAGUUCCCUCUGGUGUUCCCAGAAGGCUCUACAGCCCUCUUGCUUGGGAAUCCACAUCUUUACACCAUUGGACUGUAGUAAAGGACAUGGGCAACGUUUCUCCAGCAUACAUCUUUGCAGCCUUUAUUCCUGCUGUGAUGAUUGCGGGGCUUUACUUUUUUGACCACAGUGUUGCUUCACAGAUGGCACAACAAAAGGAGUUCAAUCUUAAGAACCCUUCUGCAUAUCAUUAUGAUAUCUUAUUGCUAGCUUUCAUGACUUUGCUUUGUGGAUUGCUUGGGUUACCUCCUUCGAAUGGUGUCCUUCCACAGUCCCCCAUGCACACUAAAAGCCUUGCUGUUCUCAAGAGGCAGUUGAUGCGAAGGAAGAUGGUGGAGAGCGCCAAGGAAAGCAUAAGGCAGAAUGCUAGCAACUCUGAAGUCUAUGGCAAGAUGCAAGCUGUGUUCAUAGAAAUGGACAGCAGUCAAGUUAUACUUCCUCCGAUUACUUCAGUGGUUAAAGAGCUGGAAGACUUGAAGGAAGCGGUAAUGAAAGGUGAAAAUGCAAAGGAUACAUUUGAUCCCGAGAAGCACAUUGAUGCUCAUCUGCCUGUCCGAGUUAAUGAGCAGAGAGUGAGUAAUCUCUUACAGUCACUCAUGGUGGCAGCAUCAGUUUUUGCUAUGCCUGCAAUAAAGAAGAUACCUACAUCAGUACUUUGGGGAUACUUUGCUUUCAUGGCCAUAGACAGUCUUCCUGGGAACCAGUUUUGGGAAAGGAUGCUCCUUCUUUUCAUAUCACCUGGACGGCGGUACAAGGUCUUGGAAGGAGUUCAUGCUUCCUUUGUGGAGUCAGUACCAUUUAAAUACAUAGCCACGUUUACAAUCUUCCAAUUCGUAUACUUCCUGGUCUGUUUUGGUAUAACAUGGAUUCCUAUAGCUGGAAUCUUGUUCCCUUUGCCAUUCUUCCUUCUCAUCAGUAUAAGGCAGCAUAUUCUCCCCAAGCUUUUUGCGAAGCAUCAUUUGCAGGAACUGGAUGCAGCUGAGUAUGAGGAAGUCACUGGUGCCCCAAGAGUUUCUAUCAGCCUAUCUUUCAAUGAAAGGGAUGCACCACAUAUUGGAAAUGGGGAUAGGGGAGUGGAAAUGUGUGAUGCUGAGAUAUUAGAUGAACUGACAACAAGCAGAGGGGAGUUGAAGGUUAGAACCGUUAGCUUCAGUGAGGAGAAACACGGCCAGGUUUAUCCGGAGGAUAAGCAAUUAGAGUGAAAUGUUGGUUGGAUAUCCAUGGAAAUUAGAAAAGCUGACAAUGACGAUAAUGUUGAUUACUUUUAUCACAGAUUACACAGUUGUAGAAUGUCAUUAUUAAUUCCAUAGAUGAGAGAGAGAGAGAGAGAGAGAGAGAGAGAGAGAGAGAGAGAGAUGCUGCUAAGUGAAGCAUUAUGUUGAAAUUACAUUGUUAGGAUUCAAUGAGGCAGUCUUUCCAUUUGUACAAUGAAAAAUUAGUAGGAAAAUGACCAAGUGGCCCAAGCAGAUUAUCAGCAACACAAAGCAAAGAUUUUCUGUUCAACUUUUUUACGGAGUAUAGAAAAAUCACAGGACAAAAAAACACGUACAGCGAAUUUCAAAUGUGAUGCUCUAAUAUAUAUAUAUAUUUUCCGUUUAUUUUUCUU